AUGGCUACCGAUGUCGAUCAGAGAAUUCGUGAUCUCCAAAGGGAAUAUCUAGACUUUUUGGAUGAUGAUGAUGACCAAGGCUUCUAUCAACAAAAAGUACGUGACAUGAUAAACAACAAUGAAAUUCGCCUCAUCGUUAAUAUAAAUGACAUCCGCAGAAAAAUUCCACAAAGAGCUAAAGGGUUGUUGGAUGAAUCAUUUGAAGAAGUCAUUGCUAUUCAGAGAGCACUUCGGGAAUUGGCCGCGUCUGCUGAUCCGCUUUAUAGUAAACAGCAUGAGGAUUUUUUUAUUGGAUUUGAAGGCAGUUUUGGUAAUAAACAUGUGACGCCCCGAAGCCUGAAAACCCAGUACCUUGGAAACAUGGUGUGUGUUGAAGGAAUAGUUACAAAAUGUUCCCUGGUUCGUCCCAAAGUUGUACGUAGCGUUCAUUACUGUCCUGCAACCAAAAAGACAAUAGAGAGAAGAUACACAGAUCUGACUUCAUUGGAGGCUUUCCCCACAAGUGCUGUUUACCCAACUAAGGAUGAAGAUGGGAAUCUUUUGGAAACCGAAUAUGGUUUGUCUGCCUACAAAGACCACCAAACUUUUUCUAUCCAGGAAAUGCCAGAAAAAGCACCUGCUGGGCAAUUACCUCGCUCGAUUGAUGUCAUUGCUGAUGAUGAUCUUGUUGAUGUCUGUAAGCCUGGAGAUCGUGUCCAAGUUAUUGGGACAUACAGGUGUCUUCCUGGUAAAAAGAACGGUUAUACAACUGGCACAUUCAGAACCAUUUUAAUUGCCAACAAUAUUCAGAUUCUCAGCAAAGAAAUUACGCCGUCAUUUUCAGCUGAAGAUGUGGCCAAAAUAAAGAAGUUCAGUCGACAAAAGAAUGUUGAUGUAUUUGAGUUACUAUCGAAAAGUAUGGCCCCAUCUAUUCAUGGACACGAGUACAUUAAGAAAGCGGUGUUAUGUAUGCUGCUGGGAGGAAAUGAAAAAGUUUUGUCUAAUGGAACAAGGUUAAGAGGAGAUAUCAAUGUUAUGUUAAUUGGAGAUCCCUCUGUUGCAAAAUCUCAAAUGUUGAGAUAUGUCCUCCACACAGCUCCAAGAGCCAUUCCUACAACUGGUCGAGGAUCUUCAGGAGUUGGUCUAACAGCUGCUGUCACUACUGACACAGAAACUGGUGAUCGACGAUUGGAGGCUGGUGCUAUGGUGCUUGCUGACCGUGGCGUGGUGUGUAUUGAUGAAUUUGAUAAAAUGUCUGACAUUGACCGAACUGCCAUCCAUGAAGUUAUGGAGCAGGGCAGAGUGACAAUUUCUAAAGCUGGGAUCCAUGCAAAGCUUAAUGCCAGAUGUAGUGUUCUGGCUGCUGCUAACCCUGUCUAUGGAAGGUAUGACCAAUACAAAACUCCCAUGGAAAACAUUGGACUCCAGGAUUCUUUGCUGUCUCGUUUUGAUCUGUUGUUUAUAGUUUUGGACAAAAUGGAUCCUGAGAAUGAUCGUAAUAUUUCCAACCAUGUUCUCCACCCUGAAGAAGAAACUAAAGAUGAAGAAGAGACACCAAUUUACCAAAAGUAUGAUAACUUAUUGCAGGGUGGUAAAAAUAAAAAAGAUGAUCGUAUUGUAACUGCCCAAUUUAUGAGAAAAUACAUCCAUGUUGCAAAGGCUUUGAAGCCUGUAUUAAGCACAGAGGCAGCAGAAUUCAUUUCUGAUGAAUACGCAAAACUGAGGAGUCAGGACAGCGUACAUGGAGAUGCCAGCUUAGCAAGGACACAACCAGUCACUGCUCGUUCCCUGGAGACAAUGAUUCGUUUGUCAACAGCACAUGCCAAGUGCCGUCUGUCUAAAACUGUUGAUCUUGAAGAUGCCCAAGCUGCAGUUGAACUUAUUGAAUUUGCUUACUUCAAGAAGGUUUUAACCAGAGAACGAAAAAAGAAACAAAAAGAUGAUGAAGAAAGUGAAGAAAGCCAAGAUGAAGAAGGAGAAAAAACGAUAAAAUCUUCCAAAAGGAAAAUGGAGUCCAGUCAGCGUAAGCCCCCAAGAAAAGAAGGUGAUGAGGGUUAUGAUCCUUAUGAUUUUGAGAAGGGAGGAGAUGACAAGAGUAAAACUGCUGAUAGUGAAAAAACUACAGAAGCUUUAGAGACUGGAGAAACAUCCAGCAAGAAACCACGAACAGAUGAUCAAGAAACCACAACAAAAACACCAAUUGCUGAAGAAAGGUUGAAAAUCUUCAAAGCGGGCCUGUUUGAAGUGUUCAAGGCAGAACGAGCACAGUCAGUGACAUUGGACAAAGUACGCGAAUUUGUCAACAACAUACAUUCUGAUGCACCCUUUAAUGAGGAUGAACUCAAGGCUGCCAUCAACAAAAUGAUGGAUGACAAUCAGAUUAUGUUGGCAGACAAUGUGGUCUUCCUAAUUUAA